UUCUGUUACGUCAUAUUGAUGCGACAGAGUAACGAAGGAACGUCGUUUUUAAAGGGGUAUUCCCAAAUUCAAAGAAUUAUUGUUUUCAACUUGGAGUUUUGUUUAAUAUUUGGUGAAAACUGAGCCCUCUUCCUCAUGUUGAGUAUUUUGGAUGGAACUCACUGAGGCUGAUAAUGUCAAAACUGUCUCUGAGAGGGACUGCAUCCUCUGGUAAAUUGAACAGUUGGGUGGAGCCGUCAUUUGGUGGCCUAACUGAGAGUUCAGGUCUGAGUGAUUUUUCCCAGAAGAAAGGACAGCGCUCUGGAGAAGGGAAGGGUAAAGGGCAGCUAUUUGGCAGUGACACCAGCAGCAAGCGUCCAAAGAAGAGGAGGGCAGACUCCGGUGCAUCUGAUUUCCGGUCGCUGUGCAUAGAGGUGUCACCUGACGACCAGGAUGAGCCGUGGGUGGACAAACACAGGCCGUGCUCACAGGCGGAACUGGCAGUCCACAAGAAGAAGAUUGAGGAGGUUGAAAACUGGAUCAGGACUCAUUUAGACUCGAAAACCAUACACAAGGGUGGCACCAUUCUCCUUUUAACAGGCCCAUCUGGCUGUGGGAAAACAGCCACAGUCCGUGUACUUGCCAAAGAACUGGACUACCAGAUCCAGGAGUGGACAAACCCUUCAAUUGUUUCCGAGUUCCGAACAGAUGACUCUUCUUUUAAAGACACUUUCGAUCCAAAUUCUAGGUUUAACAGUUUCCAAGGCACCUCACAAACAGGGGCCUUCCAGGAAUUCUUGCUCAGGGCCAACAAGUACAACUGUCUUCAAAUGAGUGGGGACAGCCUGGCAACGGACAGAAAAAUCAUCCUAGUGGAGGAUUUCCCAAACCAAUUCUACAGGAAGCCAACAUGCUUACAUGAUAUUCUAAGGCGUUUUGUCAGGACGGGCAGGUGUCCCCUUGUUUUUAUUGUGUCCGACAGUCUCAGUGGAGAUCGAGGCUCCAGACUUCUCUUCCCCAAGGAGGUGCAGGAGGAGCUGAAGAUCAGCAACGUCAGCUUUAACCCCAUCGCCCCCACAAGCACGAUGAAGGUCCUCAGCCGCAUCGUCGCCAUUGAAGCGGGAAAGAGUGGGGGGACAAUUUCCGCCCCUGACAAAGCUGCUCUAGAGCUGUUGUGUUCGGGCAGUUCCGGAGACAUCCGCAGUGCCAUCAACAGUCUACAGUUCUCUUCUCUCACAGACCACUCCCUGGAAAAGAGUCUCUGGGCUGCCAAGAAGGGAAAGUCAACAGCUGCAUCUCGAAAGGCCGGACCGAAGCCCAAAGCAAAGAGCAGGUCCUCCAGAAGCGUUGACACGCUGGAGGGAAGUCAGGCCAUCGGUGGGAAGGAUGCCUCCCUCUUUCUCUUUAGAGCACUAGGGAAGAUCCUCUACUGUAAACGUGAGAGCUUCGAGGCUUCAGAAGUACCUAGACUACCUGGCCACUUAUCAGAACACCAGAGGGACAAAUUACUGGUAGACCCUGAGGUGGUGGUUGAGCGGUCGCACAUGUCCGGAGAGUUUUUUACCCUUUACCUCCAACAGAACUACGUGGACUUCUUCUCUGACGUGGACGAUGUCGCUCGGGCGAGUGAUUACCUAUCUGACGCUGACUGCCUCACAGCUGAAUGGAGUUCUCGGUCCACCAUGCUGGGGUAUGGGUCAUCCGUCGCCACCCGGGGCCUCAUCCACGCUAACUCUGCCCGGGCUAAAGCAGAUUGCCAGUCUUCCGUGGGCUUCAAGCCGCUGCACAAACCUCAUUGGCUUUUGGUCAAUAAGAAGUACCGGGAGAACUGCCAGGCUGCUCAGUCACUCUUCGUAAGCUUCUGUCUCACACCUGUUGGCCUUCAGACAGAACUAGUGCCGUACCUUGCGAAACUUAACAACCCUAUGAGGAACCCAGCUCAGAUUGCCUUCCUUCAGGAUGUAGGCCAUCUCCCUCUUAGGAAAUUCCCGGGCAGAUUGAAACUGGAGGCCCUGGGUGAUAAAGAUGGAGUGUUGUUACAUGAGGACAGUGAAGGUGAAGAUCCAGCCAGUGAAGCUCUCCAUCCAAAGGAGACCACAGAUCCAGACUCGGGGACAGGGGCAGAGCCUACCCCAUCUUGCAGCCAGGAGGCUGGGGCAGAGCUACCUAUGAGUCAGCCACAACCCACCACCACAGAAGCUCUGCUUGAAGAGGAGGACUUGCUCAUAGAAGAAUAUGACAGUGACUGAAAGACUGGGCAGUGUCGGACUAAAAUAUUCCAGAAAAUGUAUGUCACAGUUUGGUGAUGUCCAGAUGAAUGGGUUUUCUAUCCUCACACUAGACAGCCCUUGUUUUUGUUUUUGUUUUAAUAAUUAUAAUGGUGACAAUAUUGGUUGGACCUUCUUUCUAAUAUUUAUUGUUUUGUGCGUUGGUCCUGUUCAUAUUACAUGCUACCAGAGAGAGUUGCCCGAUUUCUCUGGUUCACGUCUGAACUAUAAACAAGAUUUUGGUUGUAGUCCAGAGAGCCCUUGGGAUUUCCUCCUUUGUAAAAUAUUUAUUUUUGUUUGCAUUCUUACAACACUCUGUGAAUAUGUUUGUCCUCCAGGCUGCCUUUUUUCUCUUGGAGGAUGCACACAAAUGUGAAACUGCAGUGUAUAUUUGUAUUCAUUGCUAGGGCAAGCUUCAUUGCUUCUUUGUCCAUUAAUACGGAUUCAAACAGUGAACGCUUCAUACUUUUAUCUCGAGGAAAAGUGAGCAUUGUCGGCCAUUUGUCACCCUUGUUCAUCUUAAUAAAAACAAAGCCGCAAAAA